AUGGUAGUUCCCCCUCCCUCCCGGCAGUCUCAGCCGCUCGCCGAGUACCCGUAUGGUCGGUGUGCGGUGGUCGGAAACGGGGGCAUCCUGAAUCAGUCUCUCUGCGGAGCCGAAAUUGACAAAUCUGACUUCGUUUUUAGGUGUAACCUCCCCCCAACCACUGGAAAUGUUAGUAAAGAUGUUGGCAGGAAAACCAAUAUUGUGACUGUAAAUCCCAGUAUCAUAAAACUGAAAUAUGGGAAUUUAAAAGAAAAGAAAGCAGUAUUUCUGGAGGACAUUGCAACCUAUGGAGACGCAUUUCUUCUUCUGCCGGCAUUUUCCUUCAGAGCCAACACUGGUUCCUCUUUUAAAGUGUAUGAUGUGCUGAAGCAAUCUAAAGCAAGACAGAAGGUUAUAUUUUUCCAUCCUAAGUACCUGAAAAAUCUUGACCUUUUCUGGAGAACUAAAGGUGUGACAGAGUAUCGCCUGUCCUCCGGCUUGAUGAUCACAAGUGUGGCAGUUGAACUGUGUGAAAAUGUGAAGCUGUAUGGAUUUUGGCCCUUCUCUAAAACUGUAGAAAACACACCUGUCAGCCAUCACUACUAUGACAACAAUUUACCUAAGCGUGGCUUCCAUGAGAUGCCCAAAGAAUAUAGCCAAAUUCUCCAACUUCACGUGAAAGGAAUCCUCAAAUUACAGUUCAGCAAAUGUGAAAUAGCGUAAGCAAAGUGUCUUGAAGUGGGAAUGUUUUUAAUAUAGUGCAGCUGGUGAGUAACAAUGUUUCUGGACCCUGAAAGAGGUGGUUGUAGAGGACUAUAGGAAGAGCCCCCAAACAUGGUCUGAUCAGAGCUCCCAACUGCGCUUGCAACCUCAGCAACUCGCACAUUUGUUCUGGUCUUCAGUCCUGCUCCCUGUCAAAUGAAGACUAUGGUAUCUAACUCAUAUUAAGAAAAUGUGAAAACUCUUGGCAGAGUACAGGUAGAGUCUCAGUGAAUAUUUCCUUGUUGGUAUUUAUGACAGUCAAAUCCAGCCCUCAGCAGAUGGAUAAUGAAAGGCAGGCCAUCUGAAAGACCCUUUCACCAGAGAACAGACAAAUUGCCAGUAUUCCCAGGGGUUCUUUCUCUGGCAGGCCUAUUAUCAAUAAUGUCCAUCUCAUCUUUCUUCCUGUCUUAAAGUGUGUGUAGAAGAAAAUUAUGUAUUUAAGAAACCAUUGAUAUUCAGGAAUUAAAUCCUUCUCUUUGUAUGGUAAUAUGCCUGCUGCUAAUUACCUUCACUUAGGUCUUAGCUGAGAUGAUGCAUUGGUUGGAUUUUGGCCAGUUCUUUCCCUCCUUUAUCUACACCUUUGAGUCACUCUUUAUAAUUCAUAUUAACUUCCUGCCUUGCUGUUAAAUCUUUUCCUCUUCCACUGACAGAAUCUCCUUCAAGGACAUGAGUAUGUACCACACCUGGGUUUUCUUACUUCUUGUC